AUGACAGCACUGGGUGAACGGCCAGUUGCUGGUCCAAUGUUAGUUUGGCUGGAUGCUUUGGAGAAAGAUUUUGAUAAGGCAUUUGUUGACUUAGAUUUAUUGCUAGGCGAAAUUGAUUCCGAUCAGGCAGAUAUAAUAUUCGAAAGCCGUCAAAAGAUGACUGCACUUAGUAGUGCAUUCGCUCAGCUCGUCCAUAAAGCGCAAACGAUUUUCCAGUGCAAUUUGCGCCAAGAGGCAGAAUUGGUACAACUUAGGGACGAUCUAUGUUUAUCACGAUCCGCUCAUUAUGAACUUGAACGUGAAUCUCAGCAACUCAUGCUUCAG